UCGAGAGGCUGUUUGUUUGUAGGCGCGGGCCAAACGCUGAACGCACGCUUUUCCAACACAUCAGCUCAAAGCAGAGGAAGACCACCCGCCUGCUUUAGCGUUAUGAGCAAACAAACUACCUGUUUUAGCACUUUGAUAUCGUAGGCGUUUAUGUAGAAGCUCAAGUGAAACGCUGUGAGCAAGGUGCGGAUGAAGAGGAUGCUGGAAAGAGCGACGGAACAUCACAAACAUCAUGAUGGAGUCUCACUUCAGUACAGCAUCACUGCUGUUCCGCAGCUUUAGCGCUUUAAAUCUCACGAAAGGAUAUUUAUAAUGCUGGAUAUCGACCCUUAAAAAAGGAAUAUACGAGUAUCUGUUUUCACACUGUUUACCAACCCGUUCAUUUCUUUGUGUUGUUAGUAAACUGUUUUAAUCAAUGCUCUGGUUGCUUUCUAGCAGUUUAACUAAACAGUUACAGUGUGUAGUAUAUGAUGUAGGCCUAGUGUAUAGAAUGAGUCGGCAUAGUAAUCAAGGCGUGAGCUGUUUUAAAUAAGAGUUAGAAGUUGACCGUGAACUCUUGAGCUUUGACAUUGACAUCUACAUCAUGGAUAGACGCGGCUGAUUUUCUUCGAACAGGUGUCUCUUUUGUGUUCAUGCAUGACUCCACUGUUUGCUGAUGGAACAGAAGGUCUUCAGUAAGUCCUACAUGGUGUCCAGACUGCCAAAAUUCGGUGCCCGUCCUGUCAAUGGUACCCCCUCAUCCCUUCCUAAUGGUACAACCCAGACUGUACUCACGCAAGAGGGCAAGAAUCCACCAGCUAGGCCAAAUGGAGUGGUCAGAGCCUCCUCCUUCUCCAUGAAAUGGAGAAAGGAUAGUGGUGGGCCGGUGGACCCUUCAAACCAAGUUGAGGGCACGAUACCAGAAGAGAGGAAAGAAAAUAACUCCCAACAUUCUCCUGGAAGUAGGGAGUUAAAAAGCCCUUCUACUCCCGCAACCAAAGUACGCAGGUCUGCCUCCACAUUGUCCACUGGAAGCCCUAAACCUGCACCCAAAACUCUUAAAUCCAUCCCGAGUCCUAAACCAAAGCCCAAAUACUCUCAAAUUAUGACAGCCUCCAAAAGUCAGGACAUAUCCCAAAAAAGCUCAGGCUCCAAGCUAACUCAAAAUGGGACUUCAUCUCUGGGGUCUUCACUGGGCCAAGCAAGCUCUUCGGGGCUUCAGCGACCAAGGGCGAACUCUAACUCUACUCGAAGCACCUCUAGAGACCGUUUGUCCCAGUCCAACGACAGCCUCUCACAACAGUCGCUCGUGCCUGACUACAUGGUGCGUUCUCAGAGCUUCACUCACUUCAAGCAACUGCCCUCGCCAACGUCCGCCGCACCCAUGACGCGCUCCUUCUCUUUCAACAAGGCUGUGGAGCUAGCCAAACCGCUAACUAAUACACAGUUUCGUCCUCCACGAACACUUGGACUCAAAUCUCCUUUGAGCCUGAGCAAAGGCCGGUUAGUGCUCGGUUUAGGGGGCCUGGGAUUUGAAAAGGGUAUAACAGAUAGACUACCUUCUGAGAAUCCUUCUUCAGAGAGUUUAACACCUCCUAAUUCCAUAAAAAGGCCUCUUCUGCUUAACUCUGUGCUGACAAAAACCUCAUUACAGGCCUACAGGCUAAAUCGACCAAUUCCUGCCAAACCGCAGUGCCCUCUAGUGGUUGGGAGGAUCCCAGUGGAGUGUGACAUUAUAACCCCGCCUCUCACUCCUGAGUUGCUCCAUUGUGCCACAAAGAACGCAUCAGCUUCCAUAGAUUCCCCAGAGGAGCCUGUGACAGAGCCAGGGCUGGAUGGGAACCUCCGCUACACUGGGGAGGGUAUGGAGGACAUGUCUCUCUCCUCUGCAUCUUCUCUGGAGAGGAAUGACACAAGUGAAGAGUUCCUAGAUGACUUUGAUAAUCUAGGGGACCAGUCGGAGAAUGGCAUCCCUCUUAACAAAAAUCCUGUGGCCACUUCCACCCAAAUGCGCCUGCAGGGAUUCUUAAAUGAGACCAUGGACUGGACUGGGAUUGGUCUGGCAGGUGGCAAGGCAGAUUCAAGUGAUCCGCUCCGUGGUCCGCCGCUCAUGUCCCCUGACGUGGAUCGUCACGCAACCUCCUCUUUGGAGCUCUCCCCCUCUAACAGCUCUGGAGGAACAUACAUGUGGGAUGAGGAGGGCAUGGAGCCGCUGGGACACAACACACACAUACACCAUUGUAGCAGUUAUGAGUCAGACCUCAACAGCAUUGACAUUCUGAACAACUUGGAUAACACUGGCUCAUGUGACCUGGAAGAUGAUGACCUCAUGCUUGAUGUGGAUCUGUCAGAGGGCAGGACCUUACUCAGUGAUGGGAUGGCCCACUUCGAGCGCUCUGACAGGGGAGGCCGGCCGACUCAAUGGAGGAGGAGACAACAGAGAUGGAGUGGAAUGGAUCAUGCUCAUAAUGACAACAGGCUGGCUGGGUUUCAUUAUGAUGCCUGUCAUACAGGCCAUCGGCCCUUCCAUCCUGCAGUUCAGCAUGACAGUCACACGGUGGCGCUAGAUGAACUCACUCUCAAGCACAUGACGGAGGACUGCUCAUCUGUCAAAUCACAGCUGCUCAAACUUAAGAGUCUGUUGCAGAUGGAUGAUGGUGAGAUUACUCCAGAGAGUUUGGAUUCCAGAGGAGAUGACAGCAGAGCCCAGCAGAUGGAAGAACUGAUGAAGGAGGUGGCGCAUCUCAGGGAAGAGCUGAAAAAUAAAGAUAAAAUCAUUACACGACUCACUCAUCAACAGCAUCAACAAUCUCCAGUGAGAUGUCAGUGUCAUCAGCAGAAGUCAGGGGUCAAAGGUGAGAGAAGAACUCAUCAUGAUAAAUCCACUCAGACGGUGUGGCGCCCGCCCCAUCAUCACCCUGCUGCUGUACCCACUCCUCUCCUCUCUCCCUGGCAGUGCCAGUACCAGAUUGCACCUCGUGCCAGCAUGCCUCAACGCCGGCAAUGGGUGGAGCAUCUUAUACAUUACUUCCAUGACACAGCGUGCCUCAAAUACUUCAGCCCAUCAGUCACAUCCCCAACGAGCCCCUCAUCCAGGGAAAACUAGCAAGAAUAGUCCCCACCGGGGUCCACAAUGAUGCCUGCACCGAAGAGGAACUGCCUCCUACGACCUGUCUUACAACCCCCUGCACCGUUCCAAUUCUUCCUCCUGCUAAAGACCCUCAAAUGGAGUCAAAAUCUCUGCCUGACCCAGAAGAGCUGAGCCGGUUGCUUAGCACCCACCUUCGCAUACAAGACAACAAUGAGAAUGACUCAUCAGGGGCUGGAGAACAGAUUGCGAGACCGACCCUUGAAAGCCAUCAACACAAACUCCUGCAGACACCUCAUCCCUUGUCCAUCUUCAGCCCGCGUGUCCUGCAGCCUCCAAGUCUACACAAAUGGGUAACUCUCCCUGCUCUGUUUAUAGGGGGCGGUAGUGGGUCAAACCCAAAACCAGGACCCUCUGUGAACCACAAGGCCCAGCAGCUUCUUCCUCCUCCUCCGUCCAGAGGUUUGCCAUGCUUCAUGGCAGGGAACCACAUCAUUACUCGCGGCCGUCUAUCCCAGCCUUGGCCAGCAGUGGUCGAUGCUGACCCACAACACAAUGCUUCGGUACAGCUCGGCAUAUCCACAAGACUUUCAAAGCCAAAGAUCCACUAAGGGUCAGCUGCAGCCAUAGACACUAAUAAGGCUACCUCCCUGAACGCAUGAUCACACAUGCGGCUUGCACUAGAUGGUGUUAGUGGCUAGGUAACGUUUUAAGCUAAACAAAGCAGCUAAGCUAUCGCAUCUAACUAUGCAACAAAAAGUAGUGUCACAAUCAGCGCAUCUGUCGCACAAAACCGCCCUAUCACUUCAAACUAAAAGUCAUUGAUCAUAAUUCCUUAACCACUAAGAAACCUUUACCACUCACAAUUACAUCAUCCAUACAAGAUCGUUCUAAUCUAGCUGAGCUCCUAAUGGAUUGACAAACUGAAGGAAAAAAUUACGGACAGAAAUUCAGUCUGAAAGAGAAGGCAAAAGCAGAGAAAACGAGUACUAGAGAGGUCUUUUUACUAAUACUCAACAAACAUCAAAGAUGCGAGUGCUGUGACAUAGACUGCCUGUGGAGAUGAUUCAAGACACCCUCAGUGUCUGGCUAUUUCCCCAUGCGGUGUGCCCUCAGGACACCAACUCGUUUAGUGGGUGAAAAUGACAUUUACAUCACCAACCUCCUGAGGUUUAACUGCGAAACGCAUAUUAUUUUCUACGCAGCCUCACAGAUCUUGUCUUAAAGAGAGUCAUUAUGUCAUGUGACCCAAGUAUCCUUUCCAGUUUCCAAAGGAAAACUUCUCAGUCUGCUGUGAUUUGAUCUGUUUGUGUAUUACUUUAUGCCUCACUUCACAUCCUUGAAUUCUGAAUUCACCACAUAAACACGAAGAAAACAUUGCAAGCUACAAAAUCUCAAAACAUUUUUUUAUCGUUCUCAUUCCUAGAGUACGUCUUGUUUCUCAGUGCAGUAGAGUCUUUGACCUAUAAACACAGUGUUUUGGCAGGAGGGCGCUGGCACGCCACCGUCAGUGCUUCCUUUAUUUUCACCUUGCCUGCAGUCAUGAUCAGCAGAAUUUCAGUUUAAUUAGGCUUAUGCCUCAUGUAUUAACAAGGUUCUUUUUCUUUAUGAAUUAUGGCAUGCUCAAAGCAUAAA